GAUAGGGAAGAGCUUGGGUGAAGGCUGGGUGAUGCCUGGGUAGGCCACUCUGUCACCCUGAUAAUUAGGGUUCCUGGGACUCCUCCCCAAGGCCGGGACCAGGCCCCCUCCCUCCGAUAGAAAUAACUCCUGCUGCUGCCCAGCCAGGCACUCACUGUGCCUUCCUGCCACCCGGGACAGUGUCUGGGCCCUCAGCUCCCCUCCCUCCACCUGUCCCCACACGCCCACCACCACGGGCCCCACAGCGCCGGCCCAGGGACACCCGGUCCAGGCGGAGGAAACGCCAAGCCUAGAGACAUGGGAGAUCAAGCAGCGUUCCACCUUCUGCUCGCGUGCCUGAGCCCAGCAUUGCUGUCUGCUGUGCGCAUCAAUGGGGAUGGCCAGGAGGUCCUGUACCUGGCGGAAGGUGAUAAUGUGAGACUGGGCUGCCCCUACAUCCUGGACCCUGAGGACUACGGUCCAAAUGCACUGGACAUUGAGUGGAUGCAGGUCAAUUCAGACCCCUCACAUCGGGAGAAUGUGUUCCUUAGUUACCAGGACAAGAGGGUCAACCAUGGCAACCUCCCCCACCUGCAGCAGAGGGUCCGCUUUGCAGCCACAGACCCCAGCCAGUAUGACGCCUCCAUCAACCUCAUGAACCUGCAGGUGUCCGACACAGCCACCUAUGAGUGCAGAGUGAAGAAAACCACUAUGGCCAGCCGGAAGGUCGUUGUCACUGUCCAAGCGCGGCCGGCGGUGCCCAUGUGCUGGACCGAGGGCCACAUGACACAUGGCAACGAUGUGGUGCUGAAGUGCUUUGCCAACGGGGGCAGCCCACCUCUCUCCUACAGGUGGGCCAAGAUCAGUGGGCACACCCACCCCUACCGUGCUGGGUCCUACCAUUCCCAGCACAGCUUCCACUCUGAGCUCUCCUACCAGGAGUCCUUCCACAGCUCCAUGAAUCAAGUUUCAGGUCUGAGCAACGGCGACCUGGUGCUGACAGACAUCUCCCAUGAGGAUAAUGGACUGUAUCAGUGCACGGUGGCCAACCACGUGGGCUACAGCGUGUGUGUGGUGGAGGUGAAGGUGUCAGAUUCCCGACGCAUCGGCAUGAUUGUCGGCGCGGUGCUGGGCUCCCUGCUCAUACUGGGGUGCCUGAUAGUGGGCAUCUGGGGGCUCAUCUGCUGCUGCUGCGGGGGCGCCGGGGUUGGCACCCGCGGUGCCUUCGGCUAUGGCAAAAGCGGCGGGGUCGGCGGCGGGGCCUGCGGUGACUUGGCUAGUGAGAUCAGAGAGGACGCCGUGGCGCCCGGGUGCAAGACCGGCGGGCGCCGCAGCCGCGUCCCCAGGCUCCUGGGGUCCCCGACGCAGACGGUCAGCCGCUCCCCGAGCCGCAAGUACGCGCGCCCGCACCGCGGCGGCCCCGAGGACGUGGCCCUGGCGCCCCGCACCGCCGCCGCCGCUUGCGAAGCGGGCCCUUCCCCGGUCUACGUCCAGGUCAAGAGCGCCGAACCCGUCGACUGCGCGCAGGGGACGCUGCCGGGCAGGGACGGCCUCCUGGUGUGAGCGCGACGCGCGGCGUCGGGCUGCGCCCCGGCCGGGAAGAGGGUGCGGAGCUCUCUGCCCGCAGCUGGGGACGCUCUGUGGCCCGCGCCUCCCCAGCCCGCGUCCAGGCGGCGGUGUCCGAAGGCACCGCCCCUGGGAGACCCCGAGGGGCAGAGCCUCCUCCCCCAGAGUGGGAGGGGUCGGGGGCGGAGCAAGCUUGGUGGGCGGAGCGCCCUGAGCCGAAGCUCCCGAGAGGGAGGGAGGAGGAAGGGUCGAGAGCGGUAGGAGCUACAGGCCCGGUGUCCCAGCGAAGGCCGAGGGCCCCGGGGCCGGGUGGGCGGGGGUCUGGACUGGACUGUUUCAAGUGAGAGAUCCGAGCUCCAAGGCGGCAGCGUUGGCACAAUAAAGAAACUGAAGUCAGCAGAAGGGAAGCAAGGAACUGGCGGGGGUGACCUUCCUGAAUGUUCCCCUGUGAAUUCUCAGCAUCCUCUCUCCUGGCCUCAUCUACCGAUCCUGACUUCCUGACCGCUUCCAAAUGGAUGCCUUCCUUUUCACCAAUCACUAAGGGUUUCAGAGUCAUACUCUAGGGUAGAAAGACCUUCAAGGAAUCUAACCUACUCGCCCGUUUAAUGGAAAGGGGAUUGACAUUCACUGAGCAUCUAUUAAGUGCCAGGUGCUUUCCAGUAUUUUAUCUUACUUAAUACUUUACUUUAGUCCUGUGAAGCUGUGCUCUAUCUAUUCCAUUGUAGAGGUGAACAAAAUGGUUCAGAGGGAUCAGAUAUCUUGACCAGGGCUACAAAGGUAAUUCAGGUGUUGAUCCAGGCAUGUGUGACUCCAGAACAUCAGGAUGUUUCUCUUAUAUUUGAAUUCCUUCUACAGCAACUCCUGACAAAGCCUAUUCCCACCUCUUCUUGAAUACUGCCCGACACAUCAUUUGGCAUCUCACUACCUACCAAAGCGAUCCGUUUGGCUUCUGACAGUCAGAGAAAUAUUUCUUCCAUCCAACCCACUUUUUGUCUCCAUAUAGCUUUUAUCCCUUGGUCCAAGCUCUACUCAAAGGGACCCUUAAGAAUCACACGGCCAUUUCAUUGGCCUCUAGUGGACCAAGUGGUUGUACCCCAUACAGGAUGGCUGCAAUAGGCAUAUAACGGGGCUCCUGGCUGGUCUAGGGACUGCAGGUCUUCUGAAGAGCACAGUGUCUCAAGGUCACUCAGUGCUACCUGCCUCUGCCUGGCCACCUUGCCUGUUAGAGCCCAGGCACUUCCUUCUCUCUUGGCCUCUUUCCCUUGAGGAGAAGCUGGGCUUCUGAACUCUCCCUGCUUUGACUGGGUGGCCACUUGGAGUACAGGGUAUGGAUGCUUUCAAGUUUCUUAAGUGAGGAAGCCCUGAAACGCUGCUUGGUUUUACAUAAUUGGAAAGCCCCUCCAGGUGGUAAAGGCAUUUGCAGGAAGUGCUGGCAGUGCUGGCUCUGCCCUGAUAGAGCUUGGGAAGAGAAGGGAGGGACAGUGAUGGGACAGAGGCACCCAGGGACAAAUGUCUGGGAGUAGGGGGUGGGAGGUUCGGGAUCAUGGGAGAUGCGCGGGGUACCGUGGUUAGGGGAUUGAACGGUGAGGGGAGCAGAUGAGUGCAGGGACCAUCCAUCCCUUCACUUCCUUGGACACAUUUAUGAGUAUUCAUGAGAUGACUUCUUCACAGAGGGUUAGAUUUUGAGAGGGCGCUGGGCCUGCAAACUUUUGCCCGUAAGGCAGGGGACUGAAUAGGAUAACUGGAGAAGGGCCCUUCCGGUGUGAGGAGCCUCCAGCCUCCUUGGGUGGCAGGGGCAGAGGCAGCCAGCUGGCAGAGCAGGCUGCACUGAAUGACGUCAUUUCCCCAUUCCAGGAACCAGUGAGCCACGCUCAGCCUCAGUCUUCAUGUGAAGGGUGACAGCAGCCGGGCUCUGGCAAGAGAAGUUCAUUAAAAAGUAGUAAGAGAGAUUCCAGAGAGACGCUGGGGACAACUUCCAGGAGGGCGGCUCAGCAGGGCGGGGAGGGAAGGUUCCGGGAUCUGAGGCUGGACGGCAGUCCUUGUCCCAGCGCCCACCACGCCUGGGGGAGAGGGAGGGGCUUUCUGCUCCGCCCAUUUUGCCUCAGGGACCCUCAGUCUUUUCUCAUUUCUCCUGCAUGGAGGCUUGUCAGAGCUGGAGAACACUUGUGGUAGGCUUAGCAGUGGCUUUGCAAGGGGGGUGAGGAGGAGGGGACAGGGAAGCCUCGCUUUCUAGCAUUUGCUGUUUCCAUGAUGGAAGCACCCCACCCUGGCUCAUUCCAAGCUGCCACCACGAUGCCCUGGCAGGGAGUCGGGAGAACUGUGCCCUAGCAUCCAUUGUAGAGCAUUUCCAGGAGACAGGUACAGAUGCUAAUAACCCCACGAGCUGAGACAGCAGUGAACUCCAGUAAAAUAAUUAGGAAGUGAGGAGUUUUGAGUACUCAUCUCUUUUGUUUUAAUAUAAUUUUUUAAAUUGUAAAUUUAUAUAAUUUAAUUUUUAUUAAUGGCUGCAAUUAGAAACUGGCUUACAAACUUUAGGUGGGCCAUAUCCACAGGCAAGCAGAAGGCUGUGUGUGCAUCACUGACUCAAGGGAGGGAAUCUCAAAUACAGUCCUGAUUUUUCUGUUUUCCAUAGAGACACAAAUAGCAGGAAGUCGGUUGCCCCCGUCCUCCUGUGGGUUCUCCCUGGGGCGUCAUUUCCAGGCCUUACCAGAGCUGAAUUCUAAUUCCUCUGGUCACUGGAAAAUCAUUUCGAUCAUUGAAGUGUCCUUGGCACACCAUCAGAAACCUAACCUGGCCUCCACCGAAUUUUCCAUGAAUUUGUCUCAUAGGGUAUCUGGCGCUGGGAAACCUAUUCAAGGGACAUUCUGGGCUCUUCCUGCCUCAGUUCCUUCUCUGACUCCCCCACGUGUUAGGAAGUCAUCCUUAGUCAUCUUCUCUUUAAGCCCGAGCCCGUGACUGGCACGGAAUCCCAGUGGAUUCUCUUCUCCGCGCUCCCAUUACAGUCACUGUUGGCAUGCUUCCUGCUCAAUUAUGUUCCCAUUACUCCAGGCCCCGAAGGACCAUGGUGACUCUGGGGAGGGAUUAUUAUUAAUUUUUUCCAGCCUUACUGGAAAGGAGUUUUGAGGCUUAACCCCUCACUGUUACGGCUGCCCUGGAGGCCAGAGCUGGAUCUGAACUUGAACUCUGCAGCCAGUGUGUCCCAGGAGGGUCUCCUGCUGAGAGCCUGGGAAACCCCUCGACGUGGGAUUGACCCUCUGCCUGUGCCCAGUCGUCUGGAGUGAUUGUUUCUUUUCUUCCUGGUGUGUGGAAACAAACUGAUUCCGCUCAGUCCCUUGCAGUUAGAUUA